CCCAAAAUUACGCUCCUUUCUCCUUUUAUCCCCACACACCUUAAAAACUCCCAAACUCAACCCCCACCCCUACAUACACUUCCUCCGCCCCCUUUUCCUUCUCUCUCUCUCUCUCUCUCUCUCACUAAACAGUUAACAGUUAAAAACUCUGUUAAUACCAUCAUCAUCUUCAGAGCUGGAAGAAGGGUGGAUUGGUUGUAAUAAAGUGCAUGGAAUGACAGAUUACCGUUUAACAACGACAUCAACAACGCCAAUGAAUCUUUGGACCUCAGACGACAACGCAUCGGUGAUCGAGUCUUUCAUGAGUUCCGAUCUCUCAUCUUUUUGGCCACCACCUCCUUCGCAACAACCUCAACUCCAUCACCAGCUAUCUUCUGCAGCUUCGACCUCAGCACCCACACCCGCCCCCAUCGUCUCUCAAUCGCAACCCUCCGUUGCUCUCUUCAACCAGGAAACCCUCCAACAACGCCUCCAAGCUUUAAUCGAAGGCGCUCGCGAGAGCUGGACCUACGCUAUCUUUUGGCAGAGCUCCUACGACUAUCCCAGCAGCGCCUCCGUUUUGGGUUGGGGUGAUGGGUACUACAAAGGCGAGGACGACAAGUCCAAAUCCAAAGCCAAGAACAAAGCUUCGUCGUCUGCGGCCGAGCAAGAGCACCGGAAGAAAGUCCUCCGGGAGCUCAAUUCUUUGAUUUCUGGGUCGGCAGCCCCGGUUACUGAUGAUGCUGUUGACGAGGAGGUCACCGACACUGAAUGGUUCUUUUUGGUGUCCAUGACUCAGAGUUUCGUUAAUGGCGGCGGUCUCCCCGGUCAGGCUUUUUUCAAUUCCACCCCGAUUUGGGUCACCGGAGCCGACCGCUUAGUGAGCUCGCCGUGCGACCGGGCUCGCCAGGGUCAGGUUUUCGGGCUCCAAACUAUGGUUUGUAUACCCUCUGCAAAUGGGGUUGUGGAAUUGGGAUCCACGGAAGUGAUUUAUCAGAGCUCGGAUCUGAUGAAUAAAGUCAGGGUUUUGUUCAAUUUCAAUAGCCUGGAAAUGGGUUCUUGGCCGAUCAACGACCAGGGUGAAAACGACCCGUCUUCGCUUUGGCUCAAUGAUCCGACAUCGACUCCGCCGGUGACGACGGCGACUGAGAUCAAAGACUCCUUGAAUAACGAUAGUACUGUUACUGUUCCAUCGGUUCCGGGCUCCACCGCAACCACCACCACCACCAACAACCUCCAGAUUUCGAAGGGGAUUCCGUUUGAGAAUCCUAGUUCGAGUAGUUUAACGGAGAAUCCAAGCGCGAUUCAUAUCCAGAACAGCAGCCAGAGCCGCCAGCAACAAGCGCAGAACGAGGGGUUCUUCACCAGAGAGUUGAACUUUUCGGAUUAUGGGUAUGAUAAUAACAGUGUUGUGAAGAAUGGGAACAAUUCAAUUUCGACGAUGAAGCCUGAAUCGGGUGAGAUUUUGAAUUUCGGGGAGAGCAAGAGGAGCUCCUACGUUUCAGGUCAUUCCCAGUUCGCGGCGGAGGAGAGUAACAAGAAGAAGCGGUCGCCGACAUCAAGGGGUAGCAACGAAGAGGGAAUGUUGUCUUUUACAUCGGGUGUCAUUUUGUCGAGCGGUGUGGUGAAGUCUAGCGGCGGUGUCGGCACGGCCGAUUCCGAUCAUUCAGACCUCGAAGCAUCGGUGGUGAAGGAGGCUGAUAGUAGCAGAGUCGUAGACCCGGAGAAACGGCCCCGGAAACGUGGUCGAAAACCCGCUAAUGGUAGAGAAGAACCUCUGAAUCAUGUGGAAGCAGAGAGGCAGAGAAGAGAGAAGCUUAACCAGAGGUUCUAUGCCCUCCGAGCUGUGGUCCCAAAUGUUUCUAAAAUGGACAAAGCAUCACUCCUCGGUGACGCUAUUGCGUAUAUAAACGAGCUGAAAGGGAAGCUCCAGAGUACGGAUUCGGAGAAGGAAGAGAUGCAGAAGCAAUUGGAUGCAUUGAAGAAGGAAUUGGCAAGCAAAGAGUCACGCUAUCCGGGCUCAGGGUCGCCACCUUCGCUUCCUGAUCAUGACCCAAAGAUGUCGAAGUUGAUAGAUUUGGAUAUCGAUGUGAAGAUAAUCGGAUGGGAUGCGAUGAUCAGGAUCCAAUGUAGUAAGAAGAGCCACCCAGCAGCGAGGUUGAUGGUGGCGUUGAAGGAGCUAGACUUGGAUGUGCACCACGCCAGUGUGUCGGUUGUGAAUGAUUUGAUGAUUCAACAAGCUACGGUUAAGAUGGGGAGUCGGUUUUACACGCAGGACCAGCUUAGGCUAGCGCUAUCAGCCAAAGUUGGCGAUUGCCGAUAAGUCUUUUGAAGCCUGGAAUGGAUGGAUUAGAAAGAGCUCAAAAAUGAGGAAGACUAAUAGGAUCAGAGAUUCUUUGCUAAGUGGUGUUAAGGGGCUCUGGGACAUUUUAAGGCUCCCGAGAGCUGAUUGCAGCUCUGUAAUAUACACUGUUCUACUUUGUUAUUUUUGGUAGUCUUAUGAUUAGUAUAAUUUGUGUUGAGAGAUUUUGUUUUAGUUUGAGGAGCUCAAGUAGUGAACAGUUUUUAACUUCCAAGGAUGAACAUGUAUAGCUCCCAUCAAGGUGAAAUUAGCUAGCACUUUUUGGUGUUUCAUUUUUCUUUGUUGUUUAUGUGUAGUGUGUAUAUAUGUAUUAUGUCAGUAAAUUGAAACUGAAUGAAGUUUCUGGGCUUAAUGGAUGUCUAUCAGUGAUUAUACAUUAUUUUUUA